AUGGAUAGAGCAUCACACAUUGUGAUCAUUGGGGCUGGCAUGGGAGGGCUGUCAACCGCAUUGGCUUUAGCUAAAGAGGGCUUCAUAAACAUCGAAGUUUUCGAGACAGCGUCGAAUUUAGGUUUCGUCGGUGCUGGAAUUCAAUUGGCGCCAAAUAUGGCCAGAAUAUUGGAUAGAUUGGGCUGUUGGAAGGAGAUUGAGGCCGAAGCUGUCGAUUUGAAAGAAACUAGUAUUAGACAGGGCGACUCUGAUAAAGAGCUUGCUCACGUGGAUCUUUUGUACAUCAGAGAAACCUAUGAAUACCCCCAUAUGGUUGGUCACCGAUCCAAUCUUGCUGGCUCUAUGUAUGAGGCUUGUAAGAGAGAGAGCGGUAUCAAAUUUCAUUUCUCUGUCGCAGCCGAAGCUGUUGAGUCUUUUGGUCCCAAGCCACUCCUCAAGGUCAAGUCACGUCACGGAGAAUCUUAUACUGUCGAAGCCGAUGUCAUUCUCGCAUCAGAUGGUAUCAAAUCGAUCGUUAGAUCAAAGGUUCUAUCUGAAUUGAACCAUGACGCACACAUUACAGACACGAACCAGGCAGCAUACAGAAUUAUGCUAAAGCGUGAGGAAAUGGAGAACGACCCCGAGCUUUUGGAACUUAUCGAUGGAGAUAAGGUCACAAGAUGGAUUGGAGAGAAAAGACAUAUCAUCGCCUACCCAGUCUCAAGCAAACAAAUCUAUAACCUCUCCACAGUUCAACCAGACACAAAUUUCGCUGCCGCCCCUUCAGCUACUUAUACUACCAAGGGUGAUAAGAGCGCUAUGUUGGAUAUUUUCUCAGAAUUUUGCCCUAAAGUUCAACGUAUGUUGAACCUUGUUCCUGAUGGUGAGGUAUGUGAAUGGAAACUUCGUGUCCACAGCCCUCUUCCAACUUGGGUCCGCGGAUCGAUUGCAUUAGUCGGAGAUGCCUGCCAUCCAACUCUUCCUCAUUUAGCUCAAGGUGCCGCUCAAGCAAUUGAAGAUGCUGCCGUAUUAGGCGCUGUGCUUUCUAAGUGUCCUUCAAACAGUCCAUCAGAUAUCAACAAAUCUUUACUCGUUUACGAGAGCGUUAGAAAAGAACGAGCCGAAACCCUCGUUGAGCUCGCUGCACAAUCUGGACGAGCUUUACAUUUGGGUGAUGGAGCUGCGAAGGCAGAGAGAGAUAAGCAAUUCGCUGCAUUGAAACAAGAGGGGGGAGCAGUUCCAGAUAAAUGGGCAGAUGUUGAUGUUCAAAAGAGGGUUUAUGGUUUUGAUUGUUAUCAAGUUGCUCUUGACAGGUUUGAAGAUUUAUUUGCCAAGGUUGAAGAAGGUAAAUUCGUCGGUUUGGAUCAGCCAGUGAACAGUUCAGGUCAAAACGGAAAUGCUGCCAAUAUAUAA